UUGUUCAAUUGAAGAUUAUUCUGCUUUCAGUUUUAUUGUUUUUCGAAAACAGUUAAUGUAAUUAGUAGGAAUAUCAAUCGUAAUUAUUACGUCUAUUUUCAAAUUUGUAUCAUCGGGGAUACAGGGGAAAAGCUGUCAAUCUAAAUGUAUUUAAAGAAAAAAAAGAAAAUACGGCAAAUACAUUUUCUAUAGCAAAACCGUAAUUUUCCAUCGUUAUUAACGUUUAAAGGGUUAUUAAAUUUUCAUUAACUCGUGUAGUGUGUACGUUCAUUGAGACAACCGGUGAGAGGUUAAUGAAAGCUCUACCAAUCUCGACGCCACCUUGCAUGAUAGGAUGUAAAUUCCAUCUGUCUUGAGAAUUAUUGAAUUCUGUUACAGUAUUUAAUCUGUUAUAUUAUAAUGCUAUAAAACGUUUAAGAAAGAAUAAAAAUUUUUUUAAUUUUGAAAUGUGAAAUGUAAAGGAAGGUAAUGUGAACAAGGCUUGUGUCGAUGUGAAACUUGAAGCGUCCAAUAGACGGUCGCAAGUUGACCAGUGGCGGCAGCGGGCCGAUUCCCGCGCGGCGCACGUCGCAUCACGGAACUGCUCGAGCUGAACGUGUUAAAUGGCUGUGCGUCGGCCAUGAUGGCUUUGAGCAGGGACCGUGUCACGCAAACAUGUUUUCAAAGUGAUAUAUCUCGUUUGGUGACUGAGUGACCGUGUUCCAGCGCGAUGGCCGGAGAACGAUGAGGCCCUGAGCGCUCUCUGUGCCGGGUAUUACGGCCGCAGGGCCCCCAGCCAGGCCCAGUCAGGUUCACGUUCCCCAAGUCCGAGGCCCGAGCCGACCCGACUGGCCUCACGGUUCGACACCAGCCAACUCGGUUGUCAACACGCGAGCCAGCCGCCUCAGGAUGAGCAAGCUGUCGUUCAGGGCCCGCGCCCUGGACGCUUCCAAGCCCAUGCCGAUUUACAUGGCCGAAGAAUUGCCGGAUCUGCCAGAUUAUUCGGCCAUUAAUCGUGCUGUGCCCCAAAUGCCCAGCGGCAUGGAAAAGGAGGAGGAAUGUGAACAUCACUUGCAAAGAGCAAUAUGCACAGGUCCUAAUCAUUCCUACCCAGGUACUGAUUUGACAGAUGUAGAAGCUUAUGAUAAGAUCUAUCCAGCUGUUAAGCUGCCUCGUCAGCUUAUACAUAUGCACCCUUUUGCAAUGGAGCAAGAUAUUCCAGAUUAUGAUAUGGAUUCAGAGGAUGAAAAAUGGGUUGCAGUACAAAGUCGUAAGAUGGACUUAACUCCUCUUCAAUUUGAAGAAAUGAUGGAUCGUUUGGAGAAAAGUUCAGGGCAAACUGUAGUCACUCUAAAUGAAGCUAAAGCUCUUCUAAAGGAGGAUGACGAUUUAAUUAUUGCCGUUUUUGAUUACUGGUUGAAUAAACGUCUUAAAACACAACACCCCCUUUUAUUAUCAGUAAAAACAGAGCAUCGGUUUGGUUCGGCUGCCAAUAAUCCUUAUUUAGCAUUUAGACGUAGAACCGAAAAAAUGCAAACACGUAAAAAUCGUAAAAAUGAUGAAACUAGUUACGAAAAAAUGCUGAAGCUCCGUAGAGAUCUUAGUAGAGCAGUUACUCUUCUUGAAAUGGUUAAAAGAAGAGAGAAAACCAAACGAGAACAUUUACAUCUUACAAUCGAAGUUUAUGAAAAAAGAUAUCAGGCACAGGACUUCAAUGGACAAAUAUUAGCAGAAGUAUCAGCGUUGAAGACACCGAGGCCAGCUUUCUUGCUCACUAUUACAAAUCAAUUUGGUGUUCAUCAAUUGGGCGAAUAAAUUUGUAGUAAAGACGAAGUCGUACCCAGGAAGAAAAAAGGACUAAAGAAACGGAAACAUAAAACUGCCAAGUAGAGGGGGGAAAGUUUGGACGUAGCCGGAGUACGUGGUGGAACAGGUAGCGGUGGUGGUCGGGGAAGUCGGCCUGGUGUUCUUGGAGGCGGGCUGGACCCGCUAAUGAGCUCAGACGAAGAUAGUCCCAUUCCAUCUCACUCGCAUUCUCAGCCGGUCCCCUCGGAUCGCGACGACGAAGACACCGCUGAUGAGGGUCAAUUUGCUUUCCGACGGAUAAGAAAUAGCACUUAUUUACCACCUGUAUCAGGUGGAUUUGGAAAUUGGCCUUGGUGUGAUAAAAGCGAAGGGGGCUUGGCCGAUAAGAAGUAUAGGUUUGCGCUGACCAGCAUUAGCAAACCAGUACCACGGUGUAUUGGUUUUGCACGACGGCGAGUUGGUCGGGGUGGCAGAGUAAUAUUGGACCGUGUGCGACCGACUAUGGAUGAAAUGUGGUCUCUUCUUUAGACCUUCACGAUACAUCAACCGAAACGAGAACCAGUGGAUUCUGACAUACCUACCGCAUCGACUCCAGUUAAAAAAGAAUUGUAUUUUCAAUAAUUAUACGUUCAUUUCCGACCAAAGACUCCGCCUGUGUCCGUGUAUAGUCCAAGCGAAGAAAGUAGCGAUACGGACUCGGUAGAGCAAACGUCGUCUCAACCGAAACCGCUUCCGUACCCGUUCCCACCAGAGGCAACGUCUAUCUGCGUGGAAGUAGAACCUGAACGGUCAGGAGAGGAGCCACCUUUCACGUCGGAAUUCAAUAUCGCAGAUUAUUUUUCGGUGGACACUUUGUCGGACUUCGACCUUGCUGUGGCGAGUAUCACCGGUAGUGCGUGCGUUCGUGACUGUCAGACAAUAACUCUAGCGAUUUCGCGGACAGACGAGCUGGGCAGUUCACAUUUCGUUGUGGACUACUCUACCUAGCAGUCUUUUGCACAGCCCGCGACACAACAGAGUCGGCCUCAGUGCAGUGGUAGUGGUUCUAGUUGUGUAAAUACUUCUACGAGUUCUACAAUCCCAUCCGUCUUUCGUGUACGACCUAAUCAACCGACUACUUCAAGUACGGUAUCUACGCACUGUACAAGUACUGCUACCGAGACACAGUCGAAUCAAUCUAAGCAACAACACAGACAAUUUCCAAACAAUAGCAGUUCCGCCUCCAUUCUAUCUAAGUCCCUGACUAGUCCAACAAAUAAUAGGAAGUGGCGGGUAACUGCCGGCAGUGGUAGUGCUGGAGUCCGAGUGUUCAGUGCGAGUACCACAGCUAGUGGAACGAUAACGAACUUCGGUAAUGGGCCAAAUGGUCCAUUGCCACAUAUAAACAACUCUAAUAAUCUUUCAAAUAGCACUCAUGUCGUGAAUAAUCAGUCAACGAUAGUUCUGCCGCAAAAACAUCCGCCGUCCAAUCUGCUACCUGGCUUGAUCGCGCAGAGCAAAUUGGCGAGUCUUGCAAGGCAGCAACAACAGACGCAAAGUCAGACGCAACAAAUCCCAACGUCCGGGGAAAUUACGCUUAAUAGUAAUAGUGAAAAUUUGGAUAUGGAGGUGGAUGGAGUGGAAAGUGCAGCAUGCGACGGUAAGCCGCAGCAGCAGCAACUUGUUCGAGCAAAAACACAAUCAUUAGCAAUGGAAGUGACAUGAUGCCUGCUAUCGGCACCCCUGUUGCCGCCAAUACGUCACUGGGGGCUUCGUUAAUUUUACCUUGCCUAUGUCUGUCUGACUUCGGAGACUGGACAAGUACUACGUGCUUGUUGAUACAAAAUAUUUAAAAAAAAAAAAGCGGUACGGCUAGAUUCGAUUGCAGAAAUGCUCUGAUCAGUUGCCUGUGGUGGCGAUGACGACGGAUUAGUGUCGAUUCCAUUGCAAGUAUCAAGUUAUCUUGAUUACACGAAGAUUGUGCUUUAUUUAUUUUUCUAAGAUUGUUGUUUCCUUGCUCAUUGAACAACCACUUCACUUUCUUUGUACAUUAUUAAAUUGAUACUAGCUUUUGGCUAACGUUAUUACACUUUUCUUGAUAAAAUUAAUUCUUAAAAGGAUGUAAUAAGUAAUAUUGAAAUGAUAACGUGGGAUAUUAUCUAUUAGCUAAAAAGAAGAAAAAAAAAAUUAAAAGGAUAAAAUUUUGUUCAGCGCAAGGGAACUUUAUACUUGACAAAAUUAUCAUUGAUUCUAAUAUACUGAAAACUCGGCAGAACUCCUUUGUCAUUUUUUACUCAUAUGUAAGUAAUAAUACUUGAACAUCUAUAGUGCAAUUAUUAUCUUCAUAACGCAAGCUUCCUCAAACACAGCGUUGAUUAUUUUAUUGCGAAUUACAGUCUUUUCUAAAAUUUGGAGUUUAUCAAAACACAAUAUUUCUGGCUGUACAUUCACGAUUGUAAAGUUGAUUUAAAAGAUAUAUGCUAAGUAUAAUUGCUUUCUAUGAAAAAUGUACAUAAGCGUCUUAUAAAUAUUUUAAUAAUUAUAUUGUGUUGCCUAUUUCAGUGACCUCAGAGUAGAAUAUUUGAUUAUUUCAUAAUGUAUAUAAAUUUCAGUUGAAUUGUAAUAACAUGUU